AUUUUAUGGAGGAAGAGGGAGAAAAAGAGACCCCACGGGUGGGGCACCAUUACUGUAAUCUUACAGGCCCAGCUAUACUGAUUCUUUUUUAGCUUUAUUGGCUCUCGUUUCUCUCUCUUUGUAGAGGGACAGCAGUCAAUCACAAGGAAGAAAAGAAGAUCCCCACGCACUACCAGACUAUCAGUGCUGUGCUGUGCUGUGCUGUGUCUUGUGAGAGAAAAAGAGAGAGAGAGAGUCGUCAAGACAUCACAAUUCACAAGAUCAAGAAGAAAUCCACAAGUUCUUUCUCUCUUUUUUUGUGUUCUUUUAAUCUUAUUUUCGUUUUCAGAAGUAGUGGUGUGACUCGAAGAAGAAGAAGAAGAAGAAGAAAAUAUGAGAUAGAACCAGGCGAUUAUUAUUGAAAGUAGUCUAGGUUUUGGGAAGAAGAAGAGGUGGUUGCUUGGAGUUGAAAGCACCACCCCAGAUGGAAUUAAUGGAGCCACAAAGAAAUACUCGUAACCAACAAAGAAACAGUGGUGCUGACGAAGAUCGCCAUGGCCAAAAAGAGGAAUCAGUAGCAGCUUCACUGCAAUUAGUAGUCCCUCUUGGAAGUCAAUCAUCACAGCUUCAACAACAACAUGGGUCUACUUCUACUACAACAACUAGCCAGGGCCCAUUUAUGGGCUCCAUAUCUAGCCAAAUUGGUGUCCAUCCUUCCACUUCAACUUCCAAUUCUACCAUUACAAAAUCCACCAUAAAGAGGCCAUCAAAAGACCGCCAUACCAAGGUAGAUGGCCGCGGCCGACGCAUCCGGAUGCCAGCCAUGUGUGCGGCACGUGUCUUUCAGCUCACAAGAGAAUUAGGCCAUAAAUCUGAUGGAGAAACCAUCGAGUGGUUACUACAGCAAGCUGAGCCUUCCAUAAUUGCUACAACUGGUACUGGUACAAUUCCUGCCAAUUUCUCCACUUUGAAUGUUUCUUUACGUAGCAGUGGUGCUACUAUUUCAGCACCUGCAUCAAAAUCAGCUCCUCUUUCUUUUCAUAGUGGAUUAGCUUUCUAUGAUGCUAAUGAUGCCAACGAAACUCGAAGAGCUAUGGCAUCUAACCCUCAUAUGUUAGGAUUCCACCAUCAGUCGUAUCCUCAAAAUCUUGUUUCAGAUGAUAAUUACAUGAGGAAGACUUUUCGAGAAGAUCUUUUUAAGGAAACCACACAGCAACAAAGCACGGAAACAAUUGAAGCUAGUAAUUCUGCUAAAUCAAGAACUGGAGUUCAAGAUCAAGAAACAGCUGGUUCUUUUAGGCCAGCAACAAACAUUCUGCCAACUCCAAUGUGGGCAGUUGGGCCGGCCGCAACCACAAAUGGUGGCAAUACAUUCUGGAUGUUACCGGUCGGAGGUGGUGCCACCCAAGCAGCUGCCGUUACAGAACCCCAGAUGUGGACUUUUCCUACAGCAGGAGCAGCAGCUGGAGUGACAUCAAUGCAAAGAGUGAAUUUUGGUGGCAGCGGCCGCGUUUCGAACCCAGUCCAACUUGGUUCCAUGAUAGUGCAGCAGCAAGUGGGAGCUAAUCAGCAGCUUGGAUUAGGACUGUCAGAGAGUAAUAUGGGGAUGAUAUUUGGUGGUGUGAAUGCUUAUAGCAGUAGUAGGGUUGGUUUGGGCAUGGAUCUAGAGCAAAAUAAUCAAGAAAAACAGCCACAAGGCAGUGACAGUGGAGAUGAAAACCCUAAUGAUUCUCAAUAAUAUUGUCAAAAUAAGCAACUAUUUUUCAGUCUAAAUUCGAUCGGUUUUGUUUGCGGCUGUCUUUUAUUGCUUUGGUAAUGGCUUUUUAGCAGUCAUUUUUUGAGCUAAAACUAUCCGGGUGUCUCUUUUGAUUUUCUUAAUUCGCUUUGUAAUCGUAGAGUUGCCUUUUGGCUUCUUGGAAGCAGCCAUUGUUGAUUGUUAGCCAUGUUUGUUCAUAUGAAAAGAAAUGGAAUUCUAUGCA